AGAUCAAUGCUCUGUGUCUUCCAAUAAUAAUUUACACAACUGUAAUUUUUGUCUUUUAUCGUCUUAUUAAUGGAAAAUUCUCAUUGGAAAAUUCUCAACAUGUAGGCGCAAUGACAACAGAUUCGUUACACUGUUCAUGGCGCUGCAUGUGGGCAAAUGCAUAUAAAAAAACAACAAGACUGACUUGAAUUAUCUUGCACGACUGAAACAAAGUUUUGAAUCUCCAACAUUUUGCAUUAAAAAUAAUUUGCUUUUACGACUCACCUGACAUUUUCACUAGUCAGACUAUCAUAAGCAAACAAAGCACAUCUAUUUUUACAUGCUUCAUUGACAAAUUUGGCUUUUCAAUUCCGCGACUGCAUCAACAUUUAGUUGUGUACCCGUUAAAUGACACUUCAGCCGAAAUGGCUCCAAAGUUGGCCAGAUGCUGUGCUCAUCAUUUCAUUUGGCUGAACUGAGUUGACUUUUGAUAUCACUUGGCCAUCAUUCAAAAAAAUCAUCAAAAAAUGCACAGCUGAAGACACAGAUUCAGAGCUGGGUGGUCAGUGCUUUCAUGUGGCCUGUGAUCCUUUCAAGUCAAUCAUUAAACACAGGGUACACAACUCCAGUCAGUGUCCGGUCAGAUUUUUGCAACGCUGCCUCACUGCUGAGCUGGAGCACACUGAGCAGCUUUCCACAAGAAUCCACGGGUUUCAUAUCCUGUUGGCAGCUUUUACAGGAAGUUUCUGCUCAGAUCCACUGAACUGUCAAUGGCCCGCGUUCUUUCCCUGUUCCGGCCUCUGCCUCUUCUGGCCCUCGUGGGCAGGAGAAAACCUGCAUUGUGCAAAAUGUCAAUGGACUCACGGGCACGUGAAGUGUUUGCAGCUGCCGUGGAGGCUGUGCAGCCAGACACUGUGGUCCGGCAAAGCAUCGAGCGCAAAGAGGACUCAGUCAUUAUUGAUGGUCACAAAUUCACACUCAAACACAACCUGCACCUGGUGGGCUUUGGGAAAGCCGUGCUGGGAAUGGCUGCUGAGGCGGAGAGGAUCGUGGGUGAUCAUUUAGUAAAAGGAGUCAUAAGCGUGCCUCAUGGGAUUCAGCAGACGUUGCAGCAGCACAGGAAAGGCCAUCUGCUGUUAAAAGAAAACAGUCGCAUCAAAGUAAUGGAAGGCGCUAAACACAACUUGCCUGACGCUGACGCCCAGAAUGCAGCUGAAGGGAUCAGGCAGUUAGCCAGUGAGCUAACAGAGAAAGACUUGCUGCUCGUACUCAUUUCAGGUGGAGGCUCCGCACUGCUACCUGCACCAAUCCCACCAAUCUCACUGCAAGAGAAACUGGAUGUGACUCGCAAACUUGCAGCUGCUGGUGCCACUAUUCAAGAGCUGAACACUGUUCGUCGCGCCCUUUCUGUCUUAAAGGGUGGAGGUCUUGCACAUCAUGCUCACCCCGCGCAGGUGGUUGCCCUGAUCCUGUCCGAUGUGAUUGGGGAUCCACUCGAUUUGAUAGCUAGUGGCCCCACAGUAAAGAGCAAAGUUUGGCCUGAGGAAGUUUUGUCCAUCCUUGAACAUUACAAGCUAUUGGACUCUCUACCAGCAUCAGUAAAGGAUGUUCUUGGAAGACCAGGGCCCCGGUGGAAAGAGAAUAAGGAUGAAUCUGAUUCACCAGCACACGUUCUCAAUGCCGUCAUUGGCUCUAACAGCGUUGCUCUUAAGUGUGCAGGUCGCCGUGCUCGAGAGCUCGGCUUCCGGCCUGUUGUGCUUUCACCAGGAGUGUGUGGCGAUGUGAAGUCUGUCUCUAGGCUUUAUGGCCUUCUGGCCCGCUUCGCCAGCUCUCGAGAAGAACCUCCUCCUGAGAUUGCUGCUGAGCUGCUGAGGCUUGGGCCAGAAGUCGGUGUAGAGACCUGGGAUCUCUGCCGUACCAUGCAGGUCUUGGAUGAAAUGCGCACAGAGGGAUGGGGUGCCACGUGUCUGUUAGCCGGAGGUGAGCCCACUGUGGAGCUGACAGGCAAAGGUCGAGGUGGUCGAAACCAGGAGCUGGCUCUGCGAGUGGGACUUGAGCUGGGAAGUCUGAAUCUCCCACCUAAUGGUCCCGUCUUCCUGAGUGGUGGCACUGACGGUCAGGACGGACCCACUGAAGCAGCAGGGGCUAUUACUGAUGGAGGCUUGUGUGAUGAAGCACGAUCGCAGGGGUUGGACAUCGACAACUUCCUUAUCAACAAUGAUUCCUACACGUUUUUGUCUCGUCUUUCUGCUGGCAAACGUUUACUUGUACCUGGCCUAACCUGCACCAAUGUAAUGGAUGUGCACAUGCUACUUAUUCCAGCAGUACCCAUUAAUAUUAAAUAAUUCCAAAGCACACCAAAUCAAAUAAUCUAAUGGACUGGGACAGAUUCUUCCAGCCCUGGUGCUGGUCUCCCCAGCAUCUUAAAGGUGUCUAAAAGAUGGUGAUGAUUUGUUGUUCAGUUCAUCUGAAAAGGACUAUGUGCAUCAUUUCAAACUUGUGUGAACACACAGCAGUACGUUGUCUUGUACUGCAGAGCUGUCUUUGCCAUUAUGAUAGUAAUACAAGUUUUAACAGCUCAUAAAAAGGAUCAAACACC